AUGACAGCCUCCGUGCUCCUCCACCCCCGCUGGAUCGAGCCCACCGUCAUGUUUCUCUACGACAACGGCGGCGGCCUGGUGGCCGACGAGCUCAACAAGAACAUGGAAGGGGCGGCGGCGGCGGCAGCGGCGGCGGCCGCGGCCGCGGCGGCAGGAGCUGGGGGCGGGGGCUUCCCCCACCCGGCUGCCGCGGCCGCGGGGGGCAACUUCUCGGUGGCCGCAGCGGCCGCCGCCGCCGCUGCCGCGUCGUCGUCGGGAGGGCCCGGGCCGGCGGGGCCGGCGGGUGCUGAGGCCGCCAAGCAGUGCAGUCCCUGCUCGGCGGCGGCACAGAGCUCGUCGGGGCCUGCGGCGCUGCCCUACGGCUACUUCGGCAGCGGCUACUACCCGUGCGCCCGCAUGGGCCCGCACCCCAACGCCAUCAAGUCGUGCGCGCAGCCUGCCUCGGCCGCGGCCGCCUUCGCCGACAAGUACAUGGACACCGCCGGCCCCGCGGCCGAGGAGUUCAGCUCCCGCGCCAAGGAGUUUGCUUUCUACCAUCAGGGCUACGCAGCCGGGCCUUACCACCACCACCAGCCCGUGCCCGGCUACCUGGAUAUGCCAGUGGUUCCGGGGCUCGGGGGUCCUGGCGAGUCGCGCCACGAGCCUCUGGGGCUUCCCAUGGAAAGCUAUCAGCCCUGGGCUUUGCCCAACGGCUGGAACGGCCAAAUGUACUGCCCCAAAGAGCAGACGCAGCCUCCCCACCUCUGGAAAUCCACUCUGCCCGACGUCGUCUCCCAUCCUUCAGACGCCAGCUCCUAUAGGAGGGGGAGAAAGAAGCGGGUGCCUUACACUAAGGUGCAGUUGAAAGAACUCGAACGGGAAUAUGCUACAAACAAAUUCAUUACCAAGGACAAACGGAGGAGGAUAUCAGCCACAACGAACCUCUCUGAGAGGCAGGUCACAAUCUGGUUCCAGAACAGGAGGGUCAAAGAGAAAAAAGUCAUCAAUAAACUCAAGACCACUAGUUAA